AUGCCCCCAAGCGAAGAAAUCAAAGCGUACAAUGAGAGUGUCCUUGAGAGAUAUUCCCUGGGGGACAAAUUGGUCUUCUCGACUGAGGUCAUCCGCUGCGAAUGGAAUGAGGAGACGAGCCUUUGGACAAUGCAUCUCCAAAACCUCCAAACGGGAGAAAAGUAUACUCAUAAAUGUCAGAUACUAUUCAACGCUGGAGGCCUUCUUUCUGUGCCUCGCAAAUGCGAUAUCCCUGGCAGCGAGAAAUUCAAUGGUCAUAUCUUUCACUCAGCACAGUGGGAUGCCGCUGUGAGUUUGAAGGACAAGAAUGUUGUCGUUAUCGGGAAUGGCUGCACUGGAGCUCAAAUAGUUCCCGCGAUUUUGCCUGAGGUGAAGCACCUCACUCACAUUAUCAGGUCAAAACAUUGGAUAUAUCCAGCUGCGAAUCCCCCUUAUCCUCCGUUGCUAAGGUGGAUAUUCCAGAAUAUUCCCCUUGCCUUGCGGCUACACAGAAUACAUCUCUUUCUAUUAAUCGAGCGCAGUUUGACUUUAUUUAAAAUGUCCAAGAAAGGAACAGUAGUGCGGCAAGAAAGACAGGUGAAGUCAGAACGGUUCAUGCGCAAACACGCACCAGCCAAAUACCACGAUCUUCUCAUUCCUGACUUCGAUUUCGGUUGCAAGCGCCGAAUUUUCGACGUCGGUGGAUAUCUAAAAGCCUUAAACGCAGAGAACAUCACAUUAACCGAUGAAAAGCCAUUAGAAAUUCUCCCCGAUGGCUUAAGGACUAACCAUGGCAUCAUAAAAGCAGACGUUAUUGUGCUAGCUACUGGUUUUGAGACCAAAUUCCUGCACGCCAUGGAUGUCAUUGGGAGAGAUGGGCAGAGUGUCAGGGAACACUGGGACAAAUACCCGGGGCCAACGGCUUACAACAGUUCCGUGCUGAGUGGAUUCCCCAACUUUUUCAUGUUGUUAGGCCCCAAUUCGGCAACGGGACACACGUCUGCUCUCAUCGCGUCGGAGAAUACAAUAAAUUACGCUUUGCGUAUUCUGAAACCAAUUCUCACUGGAAAAGCCACAUCGGUCGAUAUUAAGGAGCAGGCGGAGAAAUCGUACGCUGAUAAAGUACAGGCUGCUCUGAACGAGACUGUUUUCAAUGCCGGAGGUUGCCAGUCGUGGUAUAUCCAAAAAAGCAAGUGGAAUGCAACAAUAUAUCCCUGGUCCCAGGCGUAUUUUUGGUAUAGGAGUCUCUUCCCCACCUGGUCUGAUUGGAACAUAGAGUGGAAAUCUAGGCAGCCCUCCCGGAGGAAAGGAAAAACUAUAGCAAUUUUAAUCACACUGAUAGCUGUAGCUUUGAAUGGGUUCUGGAUAUGGAAUUCAUAG